AUGUAUAGCAGCGGCUACUCCCAGGUGUCCAAGGCCGGACCGCAGGGCCAAAAGAAGAUGCAGUACCGAUCAAAAGGCAAGAGCUGUGGUUACUAUUUGAGGAUCAUCUUCUUCUUCUCUUCGCUGAUUCAAUCGCUCAUCAUAGUCAGCCUGGUUCUCUUCUUGGUAUAUGGCAAGACACAAGAUUCUGCUUCAACAGCACGCAUACAGGACUUGGAGGAGAGCUUCAGUCGACUGUCUAUUGAAAAUGUUGCCCUCAGGCAACAAAGGAGGAACCUGACAACCUUACUCAAUGUCACCGUUACCGAGAAAGCCCGCAAUGACUGGGACCUGCUGAGACUUAAACACUGGUCAAACACCUCUGCAAAUUUUAUUCAAGACUUGGAUAGGAGACUGACACAGACAAAUAUGGAACUGAUGAUGUGCAAAAACCAGCUACGCUUUCCUCAAAAUUGCCCACAAGUUGUGCCAAGACUGGUUUCUCCGAGUGGAGGUUGUAACUGUGGGCUGCAGAUGGAGCGGGUGAUUGCUAGACUGGAACUUGUUGAGUCCAACUUUACACAAACAACACAAAAGAUGAAGUUGGAAAUGGACCAGAUUGUAAAAGACAGGGACAACCUUAACCUGGAAGCUAUCCAUCUAAGAAGGGAAAAGUCUGUUCAUGUAAAAGAGAUUGAGUUUUGCCAGAAAAGCUGCAAAGAAGACUUUGUUCAUUCCUUGAGUGGCGUCUCCAAUGUCUCGAGAGCCUUUAUAUUGAAGAUUGAAUCUCUCUUCCCGACCCACAUUGCCUUCCAACUCACCUGCGAGAAACAGAGAGAGCACCUGGAGCAGAUCCGAACCAACUGCACCACUCUGUCUAGAGAGGUGGGAGACAGGUUCCAAAACUAUUUAAAUAAUGUUGGUGACCAAAUGUCUGAGAUCCAAUCUGAGAACAGUCGCUUGAAAGCUGAGAACCUGCGACGGUCUGAUGAUUAUCGCGUGUGCAGUACAAACCGCACAGGUCUGAUCCUCGAGCACAGACAAACCUUAGAGAAGCUACAACUGAAACAUGACAAGGACUACGAGAGACUUCUGUUGGACAAAAGGAGGCUCAGUGGAGAUAUUGAGGUCCUGGAAAAUAGCGUCAAUUACAAAAAUAAAGAAGUUCAACACCUUACAGAACAACUCAAGCAACUCAACAUGUCCUGCAUGGCUAGGACUGGAUCUGGUGGAUUUCUGGGAGCUGGCAUGGGACAGUUUGGGAGGGGAAAUUCGGAGAGUCUCGGCUCUACUAACACAGGAUUAAACAGAUUUGGAUCAACUGGAUUAGGCUCCCCAAAUUUUGGUUCAACUAGUUUCGGUUCAAAUAAACCAGGAUCGACAGGGUUAGCCUCAUCCAGUCUCGCUUCGAGUGGGUCAGGAUUAAACAAAUUGGGAUCAACAGGGUUGGGCUCUUCGAGUCUCGGUUCAUCUAGUUCAGGAUUAAACAAACUAGGAUCGACAGGGUUGGGCUCUUCGAGUCUCGGUUCAUCUAGUUCAGGAUUGAACAAACUGGGAUCGACAGGGUUGGGCUCUUCGAGUCUCGGUUCAUCUAGUUCAGGAUUAAACAAACUGGGAUCGUCAGGAUUGGGCUCUUCGAAUCUCGGUUCAUCUAGUUCAGGAUUAAACAAACUAGGAUCGACAGGGUUGGGCUCUUCAAGUCUUGGUUCAUCUAGUUCAGGAUUAAACAAAUUAGGAUCGACAGGGUUGGGCUCUUCGAGUCUUGGUUCAUCUAGUUCAGGAUUAAACAAACUAGGAUCGACAGGGUUGGGCUCUUCGAGUCUUGGUUCAUCUAGUUCAGGAUUAAAUAAACUAGGAUCAACUGGUUUAGUGUCUUCAAGUCUAGGUUCAACUGGGUCAGGAACAAACAAACUUGGAUCAACAGGUUUGGGCUCUACGAGCCUUGGGUCAACUGGGUUGGGAUCAAACAAAUUAGGAUCAACUGGAUUGGGCUCUUCAAGCCUUGGGUCAGCUGGGUCAGGAUUAAACAAAUUUGGAUCAAAUGGUUUGGGUUCCUCGAGUCUUGGCUCAACUGGGUCAGGAUUAAACAAACCAGACUCAACAGGGUUAGUUUCAUCUAGUUUUGGAUCUACUGGGCUAGGAUUAAACAAGCAAGGGUCAACUGGUUUGGGUAGUUUGGGUCUUGGCUCAACUGGGUUAAAUAACAAACCAACAACAAGUCUGAAGAGCUCUUCUGGCCUUGGGUCAAGUCUGUUAUCAUCCAAUUCCGGAUUUCCCCGGCUGGGGCUUGGAUCAAGCAACAGUAACACAGGACAAAGUAAGCCAGGAAUAGGAAUGGGAAGAGGAACAUCAAGUGGAUCUGCACUUGGUACUGGAAGGACCAGUGGUCUAGGAGGUGGUUCGGUCAACGUUGCUCAGCACCUUCUAGAUCUGCAACGUAUCAUCAACCCUAAUUACUCCUAUGACGAGAGACAAGAUCUUGCCAGAAUGCUGGGUUAG